AUGACUACUGUUCCAAAAGCUACUUAUUCGACUCGAAAAUGGAUUGGAGUUGCUUUGAUAUUCAUCGAAUUAUUCACUGCAAGUGCAACUAUAUAUGGAUUUUCUGCUUUGUACAACAUUUUAGCCAAUAAUAAUAUAUAUCGAAGUGAAUGUAUCCUUAAAACGGAAGAGAAUUCAAACAAAACUUUACAAACGAUUUGUCGUGAUCAAUCAAGACAAUAUGAAAAUGCAGCGACUUUAGGAAUUGCGAUAUUCGAUCUAAGCGCUGUUAUUGUUGGUAUUGUUGUUGAUUCGAUGGGUGCUCGCUUUAUUAGACUAAUUGCAAUAGUUUUACAUAUUGUUGGAUGGUUCGCUUUAGCUUUAGUACAGCCAGAUCGAGACUAUUUAAUAUACGUUCAUACUGCAUGUACAUCAUUAUCCGGUUCUAUGAUAACUGCAACAUCGUAUAUAUACUGUGGUUACUUUCCAAAAUCACGAGCUUUUAUAUCGUCAUUGUUUGUUGGAGUUAAUAUAGCAUCAUGUGUGUGGUAUUCAUUUUUUCAAAUGUUAAUCGAUGCUGAUCUGAUCACACUUUCAAAGAUAUCUUUCAUUUGGUUAUCAUUAGUUGGAAUAAUGUCGGUCACAUCCUUUUGGAAUUUCGAUUGGAAAUUUUCUUUAUUCAAUCUGCCGUAUAAAUUUGAUACGUCGUUGGAAGAAACAUUUACAGGAGAGAAAAUUUCUUCAAGUGAAAUGACUAUCGAUAUUAUCAAAUUAAAAUGGUAUCAACGUAUUUACAAACGUACUGGAGUUUGGAAACAUUUGACAAGUCCUCUGUACAUCUUAACAGUAUUAUAUUUAGCAAUAUUAUUUACACCAACUACGUUUUUGUCUGCUACGUGGUAUCCUUGGGUCUACUAUAUUACAAAUCAUGAUGAAUCGUUAACGGAGAAAUAUACAGUUAUUUUCAAUAUAUCGGCGGCUGCAUCUAUCAUCAUCUGUCCGAUCCAUGGAUUUCUUCUUGAUUUCCAAGCUGAUCGAAGUAAAGCACGUCUGUGGCUCAAUAUCUCAGUAUCGCAGACAAUAACAUGGAUAGUGAGUAUUAUAUCCUGUAUUUUAUGUAUGUUUGUGACAACAAAUGUUAUAAUUGUUGCUCUCAUUUUCAAUGGUAUUGCUCAUGCAACAAUCGAGGCUGGUAAUAUAGCAAUUAUAGCAAGCUGUUUUCCUUCAGAAUAUCUCGGCACGCUAACUGGUGUCAUGUGGACGGUAGCUGGUCUCAUUACUUUGAUUCAAUAUGGACUCAAUGAAUUAACAUACGAUAUACCUAUGUCUUGGAGGGCUUGGCUCAUUUUGGCUGCGUUGAUUACAUUGAUGUUAUGUCAUGUGGUACAAGUAUGGAGGAGAUAUGCCAACGAACUCAAACAUCAAAUGUCACGUUCCCAAAAGCGAAGCGAAAAAGUGCACAAUGACAAUGUAAUUAUUUCAAGACUGUGA